CGUGAGUGGCUGCUGGGCGUGGAGGUGUGGACCGUGAGUGGCUGCUGGGCGUGGAGGUGAGGACCGUGAGAGCUGGGGCUGCUCGUUGUUGUCUGAGCCUCCCCAUGCUGGUGCUGUGGCCGUUUUCUCUGAUGAGGCUCCCAGAGGCCAAGUCAUUCGCUGCAGGUUGGUCGGCCUGAGGCUGCCCAUGUCCACCUUCGGCCGGAGCCUCUGUGGGCACACGAACACCGGCUGGGGAGGCAAAGUGCGGGGCCGAGGACCAGGACAACGGGAGCAUCUGGGCUGGAGACAGAACCGGAUGGGCAGGUGGGGAGGGCCGCAGAUCUGAGCAGGCAGCCGAGGAGGAACCCAGAAGGCACCAACAGGAGAGCCGUGCCUGGGGGAACGUGGCCAGGCGGGAGGGAGACGUGAGAGCCUGUCCAGCACUCGAACAAGGCACCGUGCUCUCAGGACCUCUGGAUGUUCCCGAAUAUCCUGAUGUUCCACCCAGAGGCCGCCAGGGCCAUCCUGGAGUACCGCGUCCGCACGCUGGGCGGGGCCCUGGAGAAUGCCCGGAGCCUGGGCUACCAGGGAGCCAAGUUUGCCUGGGAGAGUGCAGUUUCUGGCCUGGAGGUCUGCCCCGAGGACAUUUACGGGGCCCAGGAGGUCCACGUCAAUGGGGCUGUGGUGCUGGCCUUCGAGCUGUACUACCACGCCACCCAGGACCUGCAGCUCUUUCGAGAGGCUGGUGGCUGGGACGUGGUCAGUGCCGUGGCGGAGUUCUGGUGCAGCCGUGUGGAGUGGAGCCCCAGGGAGGAGCAGUACCACCUGAGAGGAGUCAUGCCCCCCGACGAGUACCAUUCAGGGGUCAGCAACUCCGUGUACACCAACGUCCUGGUACAGAACAGCCUGCGCUUUGCUGCUGCCCUGGCCCAGGACCUGGGACUGCCCGUCCCUCACCAGUGGCUGGCCGUGGCUGACAACAUCAAGGUACCCUUUGAUGUGGAGCAGAACUUCCACCCGGAGUUCGAUGGAUAUGAGCCUGGAGAGACGGUGAAGCAGGCAGAUGUGGUGCUCCUGGGAUAUCCUGUCCCCUUCUCCCUGAUUCCUGAGGUUCGAAGGAAAAACCUGGAGAUUUACGAGGCUGUGACAUCCCCCCAGGGCCCCGCCAUGACCUGGAGCAUGUUUGCUGUGGGCUGGAUGGAGCUGAAGGACACGGCGCGGGCCCGGGGCCUCCUGGACAGGAGCUUUGCCAACGUGGCUGAGCCCUUCAAGGUGUGGACGGAGAACUCGGAUGGGUCAGGCGCUGUGAACUUCCUGACGGGCAUGGGGGGCUUCCUGCAGGCAGUGCUCUUCGGGUGCACGGGGUUCAGGCUCACCCGGUCAGGUGUGACCUUCGACCCUGUGUGCCCAUCGGGCAUCUCCAGAGUGAGCGUCUCCGGCAUCUUCUACCAGGGGAACAAGCUAAACUUCUCUUUCUCCGAGGACUCUGUGACCGUGGAGGUCACGGCCCGAGCGGGGCCCUGGGCCCCUCCUCUGGAGGCUGAGCUGUGGCCGUCCCAGGCCCGACUCACCCUGCCGCCAGGACACAAGGCCUCCUUUCCCCGCUCGGCUGGCCAGAUACGAAGGUCACCCCCGAAGCUGCCUGGAAGCUCCAGCUCCAAGUUUCCUGGCAGGACUUCUCAAAGAUGUUAGGUACCUGCUCCAGAGCCCGAAGGGCCCCUCUGGGUCACCCUUGGUCCCUCCUGCCCCACUGAGUCACUCACCCUGGAACCUGCCCUUGAAUAAUCAGGAGCGUCGGCUUUAGAAAUGUUUCCUGGGCCUUCCCUGUGGCCACUCCCGCACCCACCCCUCCUGGACACACUCCUAGCCUGCCAGCCAGGCGCUCAGGGAGAGUCCACGCUGCUUAGCCUGAAGUUCAAGGCUUUUCAACUCUAGCCUGAACCCCUCCCCAGCCUGGACACCCGUGGGCUUCCCCAUGGCAUCCCCACGCCACGUCUGCCUGCCCGUGGACGGAUGCCAUCACCCACCAUCCUGGGGCACCGCCCCAAGCUCCUGAAGGCCGGGUCUGGGCCUGCGUCACCUCUGGCCUCUCGUCCCCUUCUCCCUGAGUGCCUUGGUCACCGUGACCUGCAGCUCUCUGCUGAGAGGGCAGAGGCAGGUGCAGAGCUGAGCGUGGACGGCAGGGAUAAGGGGUGUGAAGGAAGGGGCUCGGCCACCUUCAGAAUUCUCCAGGACUCUCAGGCGCAGCUUUGCCAAAAAGGAACUUUUCACGUCACGCAGUUGAGAGUCCGGCACGUUGGGGGUUUAAUCUCAAUCCCAGGCUCCUCUCGACUCUGGGCGCCUCGAUCCGGUUGGGCGGCCUCUCCCAGGGUGGGGCAUGGCGGCUCUUUCCGCAACCAUGCAGCUUGUAGGGAGAGCGGUGGGAAGUGGGAAGUCACCAGAGAAUGGGACAGAGGGACCUGAGGGCGAGACCCCAGCGCCCUCCACUGACCAGCCAGAGGGACUGGAGCCCGAUGCGCGUGGGGUCGAGGCCCUGCCGAGCCUCAGCCCCAGGGUUGGGGCGUCAGCAGUUUCCCAAGAACAAGAUGCUGCAGCGCUGAUGAGGGCCAGGACCCCUGCAGCACGUCAGCCUGAGGGAUUAAAGCUUUGGUGCCGGGAAGAGCAUUAUUCCUCUAA